AUGAAGACGUCCACCUUCUUGGCGGCCGUCACGGCCUUCGCCGGCACCGCUGCCGCCGAGUCCAUGGCCAAGCUGAGAGAGCUCAAGAUCGACACCUGGGCCCGCCAGCACGAGGCCGGCGCCUACGACAUUGAUCGCUACCAGGCUACUGCCGCCACUUCGUGCGUCAACGGCAAGGCGGGCGAGUACCAGUGCAGCAACGUCGAUUUGAAGGGGUUCCUCCGUCAUCAGGACAUGGGAUCGUCGACGCGGAAGGGCAAUGACAUCUGGGGCUGGACCGCUCCCAACGGCCGUGAAUUCGCCACGGUCGGGCAAACAGACGGCACCGCCUUCGUCGAGCUUCUCUCCGACGGCUCGCUCGUCUACCUCGGCCGCCUGCCCACACAAACCACCUCUUCCUCCUGGCGCGACAUGAAAGUCAUCGGCAACCACGUCUACAUCGGCUCCGAAGCCUCCAACCACGGCCUCCAAGUCUUUGACCUCACCAAGCUACUGGACAUCGACCCUUCCUCCCCCAAGGUCUUCUCCACCACCUCCGACCUGACCGCCAUCUACAAAGGCUUCGGGUCCUCGCACAACAUCGUCGCGCACGAGGAGACCAACAUGAUCUACGCCGUCGGCACCGCCGCCUCGGCCGGGUGCAGGGGCGGUCUGUUCAUGGUGAACGUGACCAACCCUGCCUCCCCCGUCAAAGCCGGCUGCCUGUCGGCGGGCGGCUACGUGCACGACGCGCAGUGCGUCAUCUACAAGGGACCCGACACCCGCUACACCGGCAAGGAGAUCUGCUUCAACUUCAACGAGGACACGCUCGAUAUCGUGGAUGUGACGAGCAAGUCUUCCCCCAAGACGUUGAGCUCCAAGACGUACAACGGCGCGAGCUACACCCAUCAGGGUUGGUUGCUCGAUAGCAGCAUGAAGUACCUGUUGCUGGAUGACGAGUUGGACGAGUACUACGGCAACGGCAAGGCGUCGAACAAGAAGACGACUACGUACAUUGUUGAUAUCAGCUCGCUUACUGCUCCUACUUUCAGCGGUAUUUACCAGAGCCCGGCUACCUCGAUCGAUCACAACCAGUAUGUUGUCAAGGGGCUCAGCUACCAGAGUAACUACGGGUCUGGUCUGCGUAUUGUUGAUGUGUCGAGUAUCCCUUCCAAGCCGGAUGGGUCGGGCUUGAAGCAGGUUGGCUUCUUUGACUGCUACCCUGAGGAUGACAGUUACGGUGGCCGGGCCGAGUUCACGGGUUCUUGGUCUGUGUAUCCCUUCUUCAAGUCGGGAUAUGUGCUCCUGAACAGUAUUGAGCGCGGUGUCUUCAGUUUGAAGUAUACUGGCGCUGGUGCUGCGUUUGCGUCUGAGUGA